UCAUAAUAUUUCAUGAACACACAACUAUAAUUUUCUAAGUUUUUUCUGUCUCAUCCUACAUUAUAGAAACAGAGUCACUCUGUUUGUGCUCACAACAAUGCCAUCAUCAUUUUUAUUUUUUCUCCACAUGGUUCCUCUCUUUUCUCUUUUAUUCUCAUCCAUGAUUUAUAAUAGUAAUGCUCAUGGUCCACCUUCACCAGGGUACUACCCUAGUUCUAAAGUCAGCACUGUUAGCUUUGAUCAAGGAUUUAGAAACCUUUGGGGACCUCAGCAUCAGAAAUUAGACCAACAAUCAUUAACAAUAUGGCUUGACACUACCUCAGGGAGUGGGUUCAAGUCACUUCAUGAUUAUCGAUCAGGAUAUUUUGGUGCUGCGGUUAAACUUCAACCUGGUUAUACUGCAGGAGUUAUUACAUCUUUCUAUCUUUCAAACAAUCAAGACUACCCUGGAAACCAUGAUGAGAUAGACAUUGAAUUCCUUGGUACCACACCAGAUAAGCCAUAUGUCUUGCAAACAAAUGUGUACAUUAGAGGAAGUGGAGAUGGGAAGAUUAUUGGAAGAGAGAUUAAAUUUCAUCUUUGGUUCGACCCAACUAAAGAUUUUCACAACUAUGCCAUUCUAUGGAAAUCUAGUGAGAUCAUAUUUUUAGUGGAUGAUGUUCCAAUAAGAAGGUAUCCUAGGAAGAGUGAUGCUACAUUUCCUUCAAGACCAAUGUAUCUGUAUGGAUCAAUAUGGGAUGCAUCUUCAUGGGCAACGGAUAAUGGAAGAUACAAAGCAAAUUAUACAUACCAACCCUUUAUUGGUAAAUACAAAAACUUCAAAGUACAAGGUUGUAGCAUUGAAUCCACCUCUUCAUGCCGGCCACCUUCUGGUUCGCCUUCCGGCCAUGGCAGCGGCCUCAGCCCUAAGCAGUUUGCGGCAAUGCAAUGGGUCCAUAACAAUUACUUGGUCUAUAACUAUUGUCAUGAUCCUAAGAGAGACCAUACAUUUACUCCAGAAUGUUAAAGCUUGGUUUGGUGUGUUUUUAGUUAUAGGUUAAUAUUAUGUUGUGACACACAUAAUUGAUCUAAAAAUCGAUAAUAAAACGGUAGAUUAACGCUAUUUAGAUAUGUGAUUACUUAAAUUUAAUGGAUAGAUGAUAGAUGUAAUACAUGAUGAAAUUUAUUAAUCAUUCUCUGAAUGUUAUUAAUCAGAAAUUUAUAUGUGAUUAA